AGUAAAAUAAUAUUUUACUAAUAGAUUAAGAUAAAAAAUGCCACCAAAGAAAAACAAAUUAAAACAAAGGAAUAAACAGCUCAAAAUUAUACAAUCUAAACUUAUGGAAAUAAGCCUGAAGAUUGAUAAUUACAUUUACAAAAGCAAGCCUAUAUCUCUGAAAGAUGCCCAGACCUAUUAUGAAGAAGUGUGUUCAUAUAAGCAUCAGUGUGAAGGCAACGCUCGUAUGUUACAGGUUAUAGACAAACUGAAGCAUCAACUGAGGGCCCUUAUUGAAGAACAUUGUGAUGAUUCUUAUAAUGUACAAGAAAUUAUUGAGAAUAGUAUAACUACUUGUCCAAUGUCUCCCACCUAUUCUUUGCAUGAUGCAGAUCGCACUGAUGUCCAUAAUUACGAAGUGACAGCGGUAAUAGUUGAUGAUGACAUGAAUUACAAGCAGAAGGAAGAUAAUAUUGAUAAAGGUGAACAAAUUGAAUCCAUCGAUUUAUAUGGCGAAAAGGAUUUGGAUGAAACUAUCAUAAUAGAUAAAGAAAAACAAGACGAGAGCAGUAUAAUAAAGAAGUUAGAGAAGUCUCUAUCCCAGCUUACAGUAAAGAUAAAUAAUCCAGAGCUGCUUCAAACUAAACAUCACGAAACUAAAACUGCAAAUAAAGAAAUCAUUUCGCAUUGUGAAAGAUCUAAUCACAGUAAAGAUACUUCUCAAAAUAGUGCUGAUACAGUAUCGCAUUGUGAUACCAAAAUUAGUAACAAUACAUUCGAAACUAGUAAUAAAAAUUUGAUGCACAGUAAUAACAAAGUUCCAUGGACAAUAUCUAUAACAAAAAUGUUGAAAAUGACUUGUCAUGGAUUGAAAAUAUUCGAUAUAUUAGGGAAGUUGCGCCUGAUGAGGUAG